GCACUUGUCAGAGGUCAGUGGUUUAUUCCCGUCCCUCCGGUUUCCUCAAUGCACUCUAAAGACCUCCACCACUUGAACAUCCUACUAACAUAGGCCUAGGAUUACGCCGCGGCGUGUACACUUCUACUUUCCCACUGACAUGCGCAGUUAGGUCAUCAACAAACUCACAUGUGGUCAGUGAGAUACUUGGUGAGAUUGCUAACACGAGGCUACAGCCAUAGGAAGAUGAAGCUCAUUGGCACACAUAAUGGAACAUUUCACUGCGAUGAAGUACUUGCCUGCUUCCUUCUAAAACAGCUGAAAGAGUACCGUGAUGCAGAAAUAGUCAGGACCCGGGACCCAGCAGUGCUACAGACUUGUGAUGUUGUGGUAGAUGUGGGUGGGCUGUACGAUCCCAGCACUCACAGAUAUGACCACCAUCAAAGAUCUUUCUCGGAGAGCAUGAAGACUUUGCGCCCAGGGAAGACUUGGGGGACAAAACUGAGCAGUGCUGGUCUAGUGUACCUUCAUCAUGGUCAGCAGAUCCUGGCUCAGACUCUUGAGACGGCGGUGGAUGACCCCAUUACAGACCUGGUGUAUGACAAAGUCUAUGAGCACUUUGUGGAGGAGAUUGAUGCUGUAGACAAUGGGAUCAGUGUGUCAGAUGGGGUCCCAAGGUAUAUUAUAUCCACAACCAUCAGUAACCGUGUUGGAUAUUUAAACCCAAAGUGGAAUGAGCCAGAUGUUGAUGAAGAGGAGUGUUUUAAAAAAGCGAUGACAUUGGUGGGAGAAGAGUUCCUGGAUAGGGUUCUGUAUUACAAAAAUGCAUGGCUGCCAGCUCGGGUGAUAGUGGAAGAAGCAGUCAAAAAUAGGCUACAGAUUGACACGAGUGGAGAGGUCGUCGCCCUGGAGAAGGGUGGCUGUCCAUGGAAGGAUCAUCUCUUCUCUCUGGAGACAGAACUGUUUGUUGACCCCCUUGUCAAGUUUGUUCUCUACCCAGACUCCAACAACAAGUGGAGAGUACAGUGUGUGCCUGUCCGGCUCGGCUCUUUUGAGAACAGGUUAUCAUUGCCAGAACAAUGGCGAGGGGUUCGAGAUGAAGAGCUGUCCAAACUCACAGGUAUCCCUGGAUGUGUUUUUGUCCACGCCAAUGGUUUUAUCGGUGGCAAUGUCUCAUAUGAAGGUGCAUUGGAAAUGGCAAGGCAGGCGUUAAAGAAACAGUCUGGGGCGCUCUAAAGCAUGGAGACAUUCCCAGUGGAGGUACUGAGAAGUUUCGCAGUUACCAUCGUGGAGGGCAGCUGAAUUACUGUUGGUUCGUGAGGCAAUAGUCUCAGUAACUAUCUACAUCCAAGAGUUUCGUCU